CUCAUUUUUCUUUUUCAAGGCUUUAAUGGGCAAGAGAAUAAGAAUUGCAAGGAGGAACACCAAGCAAUCCAUUCGAAAGGGGAGGAAAGGAAAUUUGUAGAUCAGAUGCAACCAAAGAAUGAUGAAACAAAGCAAUCACAAAGUGGAAUUAAAAGAAGUCUUCCUCUUGUCAAUUGGCUUCCUAACCAUACAAUGAUUGAUACAGAAGAAAGACCAUAUAAAUCCAUGAAGUGUGGAAAGUGGUUUAAUAAAUCCGAUCAUCUCAUUUCUCAUGACAAGACAUAUUCAGAAGAGAAACAAUUUACCUGCAUGGAGUGUGGAAAGACCUUCUCUUACAGUUGCUAUCUUAUAACCCAUCAAAGGAUCCACACAGGAGAACGACCGUAUAAAUGCACGGAGUGUGGGAAGACCUUUACUCGUAGCAGUCAUCUAGAUUGCCACAAGAGGAUCCACACAGGAGAGAAACCAUAUCAAUGCAUGGAGUGUGGAAAGACCUUUACUCAUGGCAGUCAUCUUAAUACCCACAGGAGGAUCCACACAGGAGAAAAACCGUAUCAUUGCAUGGAGUGUGAUGAGACCUUCUGUUAUUAUAAGACUUUUAUAAUCCAUCAAAGGAAUCACAGAGGAGAAAGUCCUUAUAUAUGCAUGAAAUGUGGAAAAACCUUUACUUGUAGCAGUAGUCUUAAAUCUCACAACUUGAUCCACACAGGAGAGAAGCCAUAUCAAUGCAUGGAGUGUGGAAAGAGCUUUAGGAAGCGUGGUAAUCUUAAUUCCCACAAGAGGAUCCACACAGGAGAGAAGCCAUAUGUAUGCAUAGAGUGUGGGAAGGCUUUUAGUCAGAAUAGUAAUCUUACCUCCCAUAAGAAGACCCAUACAGGAGAGAAACCAUAUGUGAGAAAUGAUAUAAGUUUGCUAUAGUUAUUCCUGCAAAGAUAAACCAUAUGGACUCCAUAUUUAGCCUAAGAACAAACCAAGAUAACAUAUUAAGUAACAGGUCUUAUUUUUGACAAAAACGUGUUUAUUCCUGAUUUUGCAAGAACAUUGUUGGCAGGGCACAUAAUAAUUUUGGGUCAGUGGGGGAUUUUUAGAAGAGACAUUGGGGAUUUUUGGAAGGUCACCCAAUGUUUAGUGAAAGAUGUCAAAUGAUAUGGGGUAUGCCCAGUGUUAUUACUGGAAUUAAAGGGGAAAACCAUGUAGGACAAACUUUCCUGGAAACAGAUUCAUACCCCACCUCUGACCAAUGAGAUUGCAGAAUAUGAUAACAGAAAGAGAUGUUAGACCUUUGGAAAUUGUAUAAAAAUCUUGUAAGAUUGGAAACUUGUCUAUCAAUAUCUCUUGACAUUGGGAUUCCACUUUUGCAAAAGUUUAAUAAACAGCUCUGAAUUUGUUC